AUGCCUAUGAAGAGUGAGUCUAUGCUCGAGCUCGAGCUCAACAGUUCGACUCACGCAUCUCCCGUGACAUCCGCCGAAUUUGACACUUACAAAGAACCCUCUCGAACCACCCACGCGGCGCAGGGAGCUGUCUCCCGUCUCCCGUCUCCCGUCUCCCGUCUCCCAUCAGAGACUCUGGCGCAUAUAUCCUCUUUGCUCGCGACAGUACAAAUUCCGCAUUGUUAUAAAGAUGAUCCGGAACGACCACGGCUUGGGCGGAUCUUGGUCACUCAUGUCUGCCGUCGCUGGAGACAGGCCGCGCUGCAAGAUCCGACGCUCUGGGCAAGAAUAUCCUUCGAAAUUCGUGACGCAUGGACAUACACAAUGAUCGAUCGAUCGAGGGACGUCCCCCUUGUCGUCUCGAACCAAGUUGAACGAUACCGAUGGCAUGACAGGAUUAUCAUGCCGGGGCUCCUCGGUCCCGGUUUGCUUCGCAAGACGAGCGUGCUCCGCCUCAGCCUCGACGCGAGGAAAUCGUCCUCUCUCGAGUUUCUCGCGUACCCUGCGUGCCGUCUGGAGACUCUCGAUCUGUUUUCGAUCUUUGGCGUCAUGCACCUGCCGGCCGACCCGUUUGCGCACGAUGCUCCAUUUUUACGCUCAGUCGCCUUGGACGGAUUCGACAGUUCACACACGGGCGACUCGCCGUCAAAAGACGAUUUCUUCAAUGGGCUAGCGGACAUGCAUCGGCUAGAGUCCAUCGCCUUGCCUUUUACGAACAAGGCCCCCCUCUCCAGUCAGACGAUAUAUCCGCCCAUCGAGCUUUCGCCUCUGUUGCGUCUGUCGCUCGAAGGACCGCUCUCGAGCUGCUUUGCCCUCGUCGACAGACUCCGCUUCUCAGUACUGACGGAGCUGGCCAUCCUGGGCCAUGCGAUCCGGAGGCGGGCGCCGCGCGCGGAUGGCGAAGCGGACCGCGCGGACGGCCAUCUCGCGCUCAAGGGCCGGCGAUCCCACAGCUCGACGGACCUCGCCGGCGUCGUCCCCCGCUCGGCGCCGUCCAUCGAGCCGCGCGUGGACCUUUCCCCCGAGGAGCAGCACCGCGUCCUGCACGUCCUCGCUGACCUCUGUCGGCUGCCCUACCUCGACCGCCUCCAGACGCUCGCCGUCACCAUGGACAGGCGCAGCUCCGCGCUCCUGCCUACCCGGCCCGCCCUCCUCUCCAGCGCCGCCCGCACCACCCUGCAGCACUCAAUGACGACGACGGGCCCGCACCCACGACGCGGCCAACAGCGCCCGCAGCACGCCGCCGCCCCCUUCCCGCGCGUGCGCUCCGUCGGCCUGCGCGAGGCAGACUUCCAGGCGAGCGUCCCCCCCCCCCCCUCCCGGGCCGCGCUGCACUCCAUGCUCGUGAACCGCGCGGACGCCGGCGCCCCGCUCGGGCCGUACCACGACGCGUCGUCUGCCGAGCUCGCGCUCCGGCUCGCGCGCGAGGUGCGCCCGACCGCGACGUUCGACGCGUCCGAGAGGAGCGGGUGCCUCCGCAUGGGCGAGUGCAAUCAUGAUGGCGGCUGGUGGGAUAGGCGCGCCCGAGCGCGGAGCUUUCCAGGGAAGACGAGGUUUCAGAUGUGA